AUGGCAUCACACGCAAAGGCCGAGGGAUGGCUGUCGACGGAGUCAUUCUCAACCGUCGUUCACACCGAUGUUCGCAGCGUAUCCGGAGGAGGCACCACCACGGUUACUGAAACUGGCCUUGAGGCGAAUGUGUGGCUCAUCGGACCCGAUGGCGUUGUUCUCACCCCUGUUGGGUUGGCUACUCUGCCUCUGGCCAAGACAACGACCGAGGCGGCAACGACCGAGUCAAUACCCCUGAGCUCGGCGACUCAGACGACUCCGUCUUCUACCACGAGUGCCUUCGGCUCGGAAACUCACUCAGCAUCUCCUUCAAGCAGCUCAAGCGCAACGAAUAGCACCCCCACAUCCCCUCCAAACAGCUCGACCGCAACGGAUAGCGCCCCGACUAUUACCACUUCCAGCCUGGGUAGCGGCGCCAUCGCAGGUGUUGCCGUCCGCAGUCUACUGGGCGCUAAGAUACUCGCUGGACUGAUCUGGCUCGUGCUGUACUACCGAUGGAAAGCAUUGUGCAAUACACCAUCUCGCACAUCUCAGGGUGAGCGAGCAGACGAGACCGGCGAACACGGAUACCAGAAGCCAGAACUGGAAGCCACUCCACCGGCUACGACAUCUGAUAUAGCAAAUGGAAAGGCAGCGAUUAUGGACUCAGGUGUGAAAUACGAGCUCAGCGCCGAGUCGGAGAAGCCGAGGCCGCCGGUGGAGAUGGAGGUGCCGCCUUGA